UCUGAUAUUACAUUUACCAAAGUUGAACCUUCGGAGCCCUCCAACGUGGCGAUCUCCCUGCCACCCAAAGAGUGCGAUAAAAAUACAGCAGGGUUCUGAACGGCAGGACUAACAACAGAACAGAUAACAGAGAAGCUGUCAGACGAAGUUUACGGUUUUAACAAAAACUACAAGGCAACUCCCCCCUUGAAACGGGGCAGCAAGAUGGAGAAGCUGCCGUUGCCCAGUGAUGAGGGUGGCUGUAGACUGGCUGAAGGCCGUUCUGACCUGGCUCUGGUCUCACUAGAUGAGUGUGAGGUUUUGGGUGUUGAGGAGCAGGGAGACGACAGGCCUGCUUGGGACAGUAAGAUACAGUAUGUGCUCGCCCAGGUGGGCUUCAGUGUUGGCCUGGGAAACGUCUGGAGGUUCCCUUACCUCUGUCACCAAAAUGGAGGAGGUGCCUUUAUGGUACUGUAUGUGAUGCUGUUGCUCAUUAUUGGGGUUCCUUUGUUCUUCAUGGAGUUGGCCGCGGGGCAGAGCAUCCGGCAGGGCAGCAUCGGGGUCUGGAAACACAUCUCACCCCGCCUCGCAGGCAUCGGCUACUCUAGCUGCAUGGUGUGCUUCUUUGUGGCCCUGUAUUAUAAUGUGAUCAUUGCGUGGGCGCUGUUUUAUAUGGGAAAUUCAUUUCAAUAUCCAUUGCCGUGGGAAAAGUGCCCUGUCGAUCUGAUCACAAACCAGACAGUGAAGGAAUGUGCAGCAAGCUCUCCUACCUCAUAUUUCUGGUUCAGGAAGGCUCUGGACAUCUCAGACUCCAUAGAUCAGUCAGGAGAAUUUAACGCCAUCAUGACUGGUUGUCUUCUUGCUGCCUGGGCCGUAGUGUGUCUUGCAAUGAUCAAAGGCAUCAAGUCUUCUGCAAGGGUGAUGUAUUUCUCCUCUGUGUUUCCUUACGCUGUGCUGAUCUGCUUUCUCAUCCGAGGGCUCAUGUUGGAUGGGGCCAUAGAUGGCAUCAAGUACAUGUUUUAUCCUAAGCUGGAGAUUUGGGGGGAGGUGCAGGUGUGGCGCCAGGCAGCGACGCAGGUGUUUUUUGCCUUGGGUCUCGGUUACGGCUCUGUGAUUGCUUAUUCAUCCUACAACCCUGUACAUAAUAACUGCCACCGUGAUGCCCUUAUGGUCUCUGGCAUCAACUUCAUGACAUCAGUGUUGGCCUCUCUUGUCGUCUUCGUGGUCCUCGGUUUCAGAGCCAAGAACAUUGCGCUAAAAUGUGUUCAAACUAAUGUGGCCACACUGGCACAAAUGGCAGCAACAGGAUCAUCCCAGCAUUGGUGGCCAUGGUUUAACAUGUCUGACCCCAAAUCCGUAGAACUUCAGGAAUACAGAGAAUGGUACGGCCACUAUGGAAGUAUGCUAGGGUCGAAUAUAACUGACUGUGACCUGGAAAGAGAAAUGAGCAAGGGUGUGGAGGGGACGGGUUUGGCGUUUAUAGCAUUCACAGAAGCGAUGGCUUUGUUUCCUGCAAGUCCGUUUUGGUCAGCUUUGUUCUUUCUCAUGCUGUUAAAUCUGGGUCUUUCCACCAUGUUCGGCACUAUGCAGGGGAUUCUCACCCCACUUAUGGACAACUUCAGAGCACUGGGGCGUCACAAGACCAUGUUAACAGUAUGCAGCUGUAUCCUGGGCUUUAUCAUUGGCCUGCUCUUUACUCAAAAAAGUGGCAACUAUUUUGUGACGAUGUUUGACGAUUAUUCCGCCACAUUGCCACUGAUCAUCGUUGUCAUUUUUGAGACCAUCAGCGUGGCUUGGAUUUAUGGUGCUGAUCGGUUUUUGGACGAUAUCGAGGUGAUGCUACAAUGGCGCCCUCCAGUGUUGUAUCGCUACUUGUGGAAAUAUGUGUGCCCACUUGGUAUGAUGGGGCUGCUGGCUGCUAGUCUUCUUCGUAUGGUCUUCAAAAGACCAACUUACACAGCGUGGGACCACAGCACGGGUUCUGAAACUAGUCUCGAGUACCCUGACUGGGCACUGGCAAUGCUCUCCAUGCUUAUCAUCGCAGCAACGCUCCCUGUUCCCAUUGGCUACCUCAUCUCGUUUCUCAAGAAUAGGCGGAGCCUAACCACGGAGGAAGCUGAGCGUCCAACAGAACAUUACACCAAAUGCAAUUCCACAGAGGAAGAAACAAAUAACCAUCACUCUGCACAGAAUGAAAACAACAGUCAGCACCAUUCCACUUUCCUGACUCGGAGUAUCGAGCACUACAGACUGAUCCCACAACGGGAGGAUGCUGAGGAAGAGGAAGACACACUGGUAUGAGACAUGGGGAAAGGUGGACAGGCAGGGACAUUACAUGCAGUAAGAGAUAAACAGGUGGUUUGCACAUAUAGACAGUGAGCAGAACAAUAAAACUAUUUAUUAACCAGUACUGGAGUUUUUUAAAAUGGGAGGCAAGCUCCAUUUAUUCUCAUUAUGCUAAUGAACAUUCAUGAAACCCUCUAUAAGAUGGACACUUUUAUGUGUACCAGUCUUUGAAUUACUUUGUUACUGGAUCUCUAAACAAAUGUACUUCAGUGAUGUGUCCUACUAGAAGUGCCUACAUUAUAGGUGCGGCAUGCCCACUUUUUAUUCUAAUGUACAAUUUUGUCAUUUACUCUUCUGAAAAAAUGAGGGUGAGUAAAUGAUAAACUUUUUGGGUGAUUCUUUUAAUGGCACCCUUACACUAAAAAGGCCUAUAAUGCCCCCAUUUUAUAUUCCUGCAAGUCAAGCAACUACAGUCAGGGGUGGAUUUACCCAUUAGGCAAAAGUCGGCAAUUGCCUUGGGCCCUCAGCUACCAAGGGCCCCCAAAAUGCAGGGGUGUACUGUAGUCCACAGUAUAUCUGGUGAAAGCUUUAAAAAUGUCAGUAUUAUGCAGAUAUAGUUACAGUGCUGUAAAAAAUGCUUUGGCUGUUCCCGUUUUUAAAAAAAAUGCAUAUUUGUCACAAUUAAAUAUUUUAAACUGCUUUUAAUAUUACACAAAAAUAAUAAAAAGUAAAUACAAAAUUAAGUUUUUUAAAUGAUGAUUUAAUUAAUUAAAGAUAAAAGCCAUCAAAACAAACUUGGCCCUGUGUGAAAAAGUAAUUGCCCCCUCAAAGUAAUUUGACAUGUAUCAGUCUGGAAAGGGUUAGAAAGCCAUUUCUGAGGCUUUGGGACUCCAGCGAAGCCAUUUUCCACAAAUCUUUGAACAGUAAUGAAUCUUCCCAGGAGUGCACCAGAAUUACUCCCAAGAGCACCUAGACGACUCAUUCAGGUCAUAAAAGAAUGCAGAGCAACAUCUAAGAAACUGCAGGCCUCACUUGUCCCAUUUAUACUCUGUUUAUGACUCAACAAUAAGAACUAAACUAAGGUUUUUGAGUGGCCUAGUUAAAGUCCAGACUUAAAUCUGAUUGAGAUGCUGUGGCAUGAGCUUAAACCCUCUAGUUUGGCUUAAUUCUGCAAAUUAGAGUGUGCCAAAAUUCCUUAAAAGCAAUGACUCUGCCAAGGGUGGCACAACCAGUUGGUUUAUGGGGCGGUUACUUUUUCACACAGGGCCAGAUUAGCUCAGGGAGCUAUUAAAUCAUUGCCUUUUAUAUUUUCUUGUGUUAUCUUUGUGUUGUAUUAAAAUUAGUUUGAAGAUCUGAAUCAUUUUAAGUGUAACGUAUGCAAAAAAUAAAAACUAAGGAAGGGUGCAAAUACUUUUCACAGCACUGUAAAUACUAAUAUAAUUUUAUAAAUUUGUUCCUGUAGGUAAUUUUAUUUUUACAUUUUAGAGAUCAAAAAAUGUUUAUUUGAAAAAAAAUAUUAACCAAAUAACAAAUUUUAGUUGUUAGCCUUGAAAUGGUUACAAUAUCAAGGGUUCCAAUUGUAUUGUAUAGUUUUAUUAGUAGACAACAGAAAUGCUUGUUUCUGCCAGUGUCAGUGACAGUAAAAUUUACUGUCAAAGGCCCUAGAUUUCUAGAAUUUGCUGCUUGUUGUACAAACACUAAGGUGUGAUGACAAGCCUGGAAAUAUGGCCAUACAAUUGUAAUAUGUACAGUGCCAAACUGUUUGUUUCCCUCACACAGAACGAAUUUUAUGUACAUUGUUCUGGUUAUUGUAACAUUACUGAGGAACAGUUCAGAAUUCUAGUAUGUGUUUUUUUUUAGUUACAAUCACUGAUUUUGCAGGUGUGUGAGCACAAAAACACAAGGCAGCUUUAUAUCAUGGCCUCAUUGAUGGUUAAUAUGGGUGAGGGGAGGCUCUGAGUGAUUUUGGUCUGUUUCAGGUAGGCAUGGGCCGGUAUAAGAUUCUGGCGGUAUGAUAAUCUUUAGCAAAAAUACCAUUGCAACACAAAAAUGUGUUAUUUUCAAAUACCAGGUAAAAAUAAAGCCUUUAAAUUAUAAUAUGCUUUAAAAAAAUAUAUAAUAUUUUUGUAAUGUAUAUUGAAUGUAAACAUCAAAUCAAUCACAUGACUUAAUGAUUUAAUGAAUUUUGUAUAAACACAGCUCAUACCUUGGAGACGGUAUCACAAAAUAUUUAAGUGGGUUUGAAACCUUGACUGUUUAAAACCUUUGUAUACAUUGAAACCGGUAACUGGCCCAUGCCUAGUUUCAGGCUGACCAGAAAGUAUGUUUUAGUCUAAAUUUUAGACUGAUAAGCAAGAGAUUUUAUUCAUUUUAGUAAAAAAAAGUUUUAGCCGUUAGACUAAGAAUGAAAGUUUUUUUAACAGCCAAGUCCAUGCUUGGAUUUGUAUACAGAGUGUUUGCAUGUUCUUUCCUGUUUCUUGUCAUUUAUUUUCUUCAUGGGUGUUGAUACUGUACUUUAAAAUGUGUGUAUUGGCUUUUGUCAUAUCAAUUGCAAUGUUGUGAAAGUUUAAGAAUCCUUAUAUAUGUAGUCUGUGAUAAAUAAAAGGUUCUUUAAGAUACAGAUGAAAGUAUGACAGCACAUUAUUUAUCAUGAAGGUCUUUACUGCAUUGCCUGGCAAAUCUCAGUUGUAAUGAAACUCUCAGUAAUAUUCGUACUUGCUAAAGUGACAUCCUGGACACCCAAAUGUUUUUGGUUCACACAUCAAAAUUUUGAACACGUCAUCCUCUUUCAAUGCAGUUUCCGGAUGAACCGCAAGGUGGUGACAGACUACCUAUUACAACUUUUACAAAAGACCGUUAUGUGCCAUUGUCUCUCAAAAUAUCUCUCCAAACUUUAAAAAUAAAUAAAACUACAUUACAUUAUACAUGA